AUGAACAUCCUGCAAGUCCUGGGUCUUCUACAGCUGCUGGCUGUACCUGCAUUCACUCUGACACGUCCAACCCAUGACUACUGGGGAGAGUUUGGACCCUAUGGGCCCUGCAGUCGCACCUGUGGCACAGGAGUGGCAAUGAGAACCAGGAAAUGUAUUACUUCAAGGACAGAUGGAGGACAUAACUGUGUGGGAUCCUCAAAGUCCUUCCGAACCUGUAAUACAAAUGCAUGUCCAGUUGGAUCCAGGGACUUCAGGGAGGAGCAGUGCUCCCAGUUUGACAGAACGAACUUUCAGAGCAAACCCUACACAUGGGUGCCUUACUAUGGAGCAACCAAUCCAUGUGAGCUGAACUGUGUGCCGAGAGGAGAGAACUUCUUCUACCGACAGAGACCUGCAGUAGUGGAUGGGACACCAUGCUACGUGGGCCGCACUGAUAUCUGUGUGGAUGGCGCCUGCAGGAUACUGGUCCAUGGAGACUUUAUGGGCUUGGAUGAUGACAGUAAUUCUGUUCACUCUGCUGCUCCUGUUGUUGUGGCUCCUCACCCGAGGGAGACACUCACAUACAUCUAUAAAGUUGGUGUCUAUAGCGAGUGCUCUGCCAGCUGCAACGGAGGCAUGCAGUAUCGCAGCGUGGAGUGUAUGGUUCAGGACUCAGUGAACCCCCAUGUGGUGGAAGAGACUUACUGCAUCACACAUCGCUUGCAAAGGCCACAGAGCCAGCAGGCCUGCAACAUGCAUCCGUGUACUGCUGAGUACAGCGUCUCCAGCUUCAGUGUGUGUUCAGUGACUUGUGGGGAAGGCCAACAGACGAGAGAGGUGACCUGUGUGGGGCCAGCAGGUGAACGUCUGGCUGACCGUGCUUGCAGCGGUUUGGCCAGACCCGCCUCUGUCCAAGCCUGCCGCAGACCUGCCUGUCACACACACAUCAGCUGGCAUGUGACUGACUAUGGACUGUGCACCCGGAGCUGUGGUGGUGGCGUGAGGGAGAGGAGAGUGAGCUGUUAUGAUACAGAUCUCAACCCCUACCCAGAGGCCAGGUGUGGAACAGCAGGCAGACCCACUGCUAUGGAGUCAUGCAACACUCAGCCCUGCCCUGGAGCACAAAUGGUCCCAAGCGUGCAGGACCCAAGGUCACAUGAAAGCACCAUGAGAGGAUUUGUGCCCUAUGUUCAAGAAGCCCACUCAGCUUCCAGGCCACAGACAAACAUUGUCUAUGAUCCCCAACCCUCAGUGAUUGGUCCUCACUGUGCGCAGUCAUUUUAUGGCUGCUGUCCUGAUGGCCAUACCUCUGCCACUGGGCCUAGAAAUGAGGGCUGUCCCCAUGACGACUGUGUUCGCACCAGGUAUGGCUGUUGUUUGGAUGGGGUGACUCCAGCUCAAGGGUUUGGAAGGACUGGAUGUCCUGAGUACCAGACAAAUGUGCAACACCAAUCAUCCCUGGCCGUCCAACCCACUGGUAGUGUGUGUUCCCUGCCACGCGAUGAUGGCCCCUGUGAUACCUGGAAGGUUCGGUUCUACUAUAACUCAAGUACUGGCAAAUGUACCGAGUUCUGGUUUGGUGGCUGCCAGGGCAAUACCAAUAACUUUGUUUCUCUGGAGGCAUGCCAGAGAGAGUGUGGGGGUGUGGUCAUGGAGCCUCCACCUCCACCUCGCAGAGUGACACCAAGGAGAGGGUCACCCAGGGGUGUACUGAGGGCAAGGGCAUAACCAUACUGAAAUGAUAUUUGUAGACAUGUAUUAUCUAUACAUAUAUGCAGACACACAUGUAUAGUAUAACCACAUCCAACAUUUCAUUUAAACAUCUGACUUUACAUUAAAAAUGAUCUAGAUAGCCUCACAUUAUAACUGACAUGAUCCCAGCUCUUUGUUUUGAUUAUAUUGUCUCUGUGAUCUCUGAUCAUUUGUUUGAUGCUCAGUAUAUUCAUUUGUGUACUUUGGCUUAUGGCUUACAGGUCUAAAAUAAAAUAAUCUCAGUGUGACCCAAGUUAAAUAAUAAACCCAAUCAAUAA